CAAUACUUUCAUGAAGACACACAUUCAAAGAACACUAGCUAGCUACAAACGACAAGCCUAAAAACCUAGCUAAUUUACAACAAGAAGAAUAGAAUGUCGAAAACGUUCAAAGCCAUAAGAGACCGAACCUAUUCAGGUGUAGGAGACCUCAUCAAGCUCCUCCCUACAGGAACCGUCUUCCUAUUCCAGUUCUUAAACCCUGUCCUAACCAACAACGGGCAUUGCCUCCUCAUCAACAAAUACUUCACCGGAGCUCUCAUCGUCGUCUGUGCAUUCUCUUGCUGUUUCACUUGCUUCACCGAUAGUUACAGAACAAGAGACGGUUACGUUCACUAUGGAGUCGCUACCGUGAAAGGUCUCUGGCCAGAUUCGUCUUCCGUGGAUUUGUCUUCGAAACGGCUUAGAGUUGGAGAUUUCGUUCACGCUUUCUUCUCUCUUAUCGUGUUCAGUGUUAUUUCCUUGCUGGAUGCAAACACUGUGAAUUGUUUCUACCCUGGCUUUGGCUCCACUGGAAAGAUCUUUCUCAUGGUUUUGCCUCCGGUGAUUGGAGUUAUCUCCGGCGUUGUUUUCACGGUGUUCCCUAGUAGACGUCAUGGAAUUGGUAACCCUUCGGACAACAAUGAGGAUGAUAUUGCUUCCGUGAUGAAAUGAUAUCGCAUGUGUUUUACUCGUGGAAUGGGAAAUACUAAAGUUGAAUAAAUAAUUAUUGUAAUCUUGAUUUUUUUUUUCCUUCUCUGAUUUAUUAUUUAUGUUGGUGAGUGCUGAUCAUAUGUGAUGUUUGUGUGUUUUAUUUCAUUAUUUGGUAGUUUCCCAUUUGUUUUGUUAAUAAAUUCAAGGUAAUACAGUAUAACAUAAGUAUCUUACAGUA